CAAGGUAGCGCAUGUGCAAUUGUUUUGUUUAAACGCGUCUCAAAGGGCGAGAACCUCAGACCCAGAACCCCAUCAUGAAAUACAUCCUGGUGACUGGAGGUGUGAUAUCGGGGAUUGGCAAGGGUGUCAUUGCUUCGAGCGUUGGCACUAUCCUCAAGCACUGCGGCCUGAGGGUCACUUCCAUCAAGAUCGACCCUUACAUCAACAUUGAUGCCGGAACCUUCUCCCCUUAUGAGCACGGUGAGGUGUUUGUGCUGGAUGACGGUGGAGAGGUGGAUUGACCUGGGGGAAUCGAGCGGUUUCCCGACCACUCCACCCUGCAACAAAAAAACACAGGCAAGAUUUACCGCGGUGUAAAAAAACGUGUUGAAAAAUCUCAUCAUUAUAGUUACACUGCCAUUGCUUCCUUUCAGGUGGUGCCACACAUCACAGACGCAAUUCAGGAAUGGGUAGAGACAGUGGCACAUCGGCCAGUGGAUGGCGAUCAGGCAGAUCCUGAGGUUUGUAUCAUUGAGCUGGGAGGCACCAUUGGAGACAUCGAGGGUAUGCCCUUUGUGGAGGCCUUCAGGCAGUUCCAGUUUAGAGUGAAGAGAGAGAACAUUUGUGUGGUUCACGUGUCCCUGGUACCCCAGCCAUCCUCAACAGGAGAGCACAAGACCAAGCCAACCCAAGCCAGCGUGAGGGAGCUGCGUGGAUUGGGUUUGUCUCCCGACUUCAUCGUGUGCCGCUCAGAGAAGCCCAUUGACCAGUCCGUCAAGCACAAGAUCUCCAACUUCUGUCAUGUGUCUCCAGAGCAGGUCAUUUGUUUGCAUGAUGCCUCAAGCAUUUAUGCAGUGCCAUUGAUGUUGGAGGAGCAACAGGUGUCGCAUCUUCUCAGCGAUCGUCUCAGCCUCAACUUGAACACACAUCGCCCCAGGAACUUCAUGAAGAAAUGGCGUGAUCUCUCUACCAAGCAUGAGCAUCUACGAUACAGUGUCACCAUUGUGCUGGUUGGAAAGUAUACACAACUAGAGGACUCAUACGCCUCGGUGAUCAAGGCCCUGCAGCACGCAGCCCUUGCAUGCAACCGCAAACUGGAUCUGAAGUGCAUGGAGGCUGAGGACCUAGAGGAGGAGGCCAAGGCAAGCCGGCCUGUCAAGUACUAUGAAGCUUGGCAGAAUGUGUGCAAGGCAAAUGGUAUUAUUGUUCCUGGAGGCUUUGGUCAGCGUGGAAUGGAAGGAAAGGUUGCUGUGUGCAAAUGGGCCAGGACAAUGAAGAAGCCGCUGUUGGGUGUAUGCCUAGGCUUACAAGCUGCAGUCAUUGAAUAUUCAAGAAAUGUACUGGGCUGGACAGAUGCCAACAGCCAGGAAAUGUUGCCUGAGGGAACAAGACAUGUGAUUGUGGAGAUGCCUGAGCACAACCCAGGCCAGCUUGGGGGCACCAUGAGGCUGGGCAAGAGGCAGACUGUGUUCAAAUCGCAUGACUCAAAGCUCCGUCAGCUGUAUGGCAAUGUGGACUUUGUUGAGGAGAGGCACCGACACAGGUUUGAAGUGAAUCCAAAAUUUGUCGCUGAUUUAGAGGCAGCUGGAAUGAAGUUUGUAGGCCAUGAUGUUGAUGGAGAAAGGAUGGAAAUCAUGGAAUUGGCAGAUCACCCUUACUAUGUGGCCUGUCAGUACCAUCCAGAGUACCUCACUAGGCCAUUGAAGCCAUCCCCCCCGUACCUGGGUCUAAUCCUUGCAUCUAGUGGCAAGUUGGAGCAGUAUUUGUCCCGGGGAUGUCGAAUGAGCCCCACCGAUUCUCCUGAGUCCUCCGACGAGGAGCUGCCCAUGCCUCCCCACCUGCUGGUACACCAAACAGACAAGCCUAGCAUGUCACCUGCUUCUCGCACCACUCCUCCCCCCACACUCCAAGAAGUGCCUACCUCGACCCUCAACAACUCCUCCUCCCCAGCUGAGAAGAGCGACCUUGGAGAAAGUAAAAAGAGCCUAUAAUAGUAUGGCUGGUCUAGGACAUUUGAUUAGCCAUGGUGUUAUACUUACUCUUACGUUUUUUUUUAUUAAAACAUCAGUAUUACUAUAUGUGCAGUUCCCCUAUGGUUCAUGUCCAGAGUGCAUUUGCUUGUAAGUUUUACACAAACACCUAUAUCAGAUCUAUAGUUUAUAUGUGGUGCAUUAUUGAAAGCCUAUUAUUCACAUCCCUUAGUGUUCAUAUUCAAAAUAUUAAAGACAGAAGAUAACUUUGUAUAUUUUGUGCUAGCCAUAUCAUCCCACCCCUUCCAGAGAUAUAAAACUAUAUUUAAUGUGUCUGUCACACCCCCAGCAAUGUAAAACGAUAUAUAAUGUGGUUUUCACAAUGAUCCUUUGUAAAUGGUCAUUAUAUUUAUUGGCAAGUGAACCACACUAAGCAUGCAUGUGUGUUAAAGGAUAUAGAUAUUCUCUAUAUUUCAAGCUUUA